AACGGCUUGCUCCCAGAACUUUUGGGGUCUUGACUUUCAAACUGCCCCAUCUCACGCAAAACCUCAAGUUGUUAAAUAUUGCAAACACUUUCAAUCCAGCGCGGACAAAAUGAAACAUAACCAGCCACAAUAUGCCUUGUGCUAUUAUUCUAACGACGAUGUGAACUUUUCAAGUUAAAAUUAAUUUCUGUGAGUUAGUUGAGACAUCAGCGCGUCGGCCUCCCCACAUCCUCCGUGUAUGCUGACUCGUCUCCUCUGUUAGUCAGUGGCACCACUGCGGCGGCGUCUGCAAGUUUUGAUUUUCGUAGCAGAACGAAGGAACUCUUGAGUCGCUUCUUUACAUGAAACAUGAGAAGAGCCAAAAGCACAGCCUUGGGGUAUCCCUUUUUUAAGUAACCAAUUUUAGGAGCCACUCUUCUAAAUCACGCCUAAAUCGAGAUGUCUUGGUAAAAUUCCUUUUGUCAUGAACUAUUUUUGAUGUAGCUCUGACAGCAAUAGCAGCGAGUUUUAAUGAGAAACUUCAACAAAAAAACAACAACAACUUCUAAGUUAAUCUUUGAUUUGUAAAGUUCACAUUAGGCUGGUGGUUUCACAACUCGAGAAUUAAAUGAUUGUGUAGUCAAUUAUUCAAUUAUUAUUAUUAUAAAUAAAUAAAUCCCCAGUAGAUAAAUGGGUAUAGACGUCUAACAGAAACAUUGCUGUUAGCAACAUGCAUCGAUUCUUCUUCGCAUAAUUAAAUACCCAAGAAAUUUGGUUUGCUGGCGAGUGCACCUUGUUUUUAAGGCGCUUAAAAAAUGUCUACGCCCACUAAUUCUCCAGAUUGUUUCGAACAUGCUCAGACAGAAUGUGUUAACUAAAAGGCAAUAAAUCAGAGAUCAAAUUCUUGUGUCGGUCUUAAUUCCUGGUAUGUGGUGAAGCACAGUGAAACCAGCUGAUUGUUUUAAUUUUGUCCCACGGAAAGAUCCAGUGAAAUCUGGCAAACGCCGCUGCAAAUACGACUCCGUGGACCGCUGCCCGCCAACAGCGGGGAGUUUGUGUUGUCCUAGGGGGGAUUUUGGCUCGGUGGGAGGUUUGGGCGUGCUGGAGCAAGCUAUGCUGUCUCACUUUGCCUCACCUCAGUCCUUCUAUUUAUGAGGAAGUCUCAGAGAAGACUGCGGAUGUGUUCAGCUCUUGGCCCGCCUCUUGUCUCCACAAUGGAUCUCGAGCAAAAAGAGUGACUGAGAAUGCAGGACUUACUGGAUUCACAGAGCAAAGCAGCAACGGCGAUCAGUGAUCACAAUGGGCAGCCUCAAGACAGGAGGAAAGCUACGCAGAAGAGAACGUUCACCAGAUGGAUCAAUGUGUUCUUGCAAAAACGAAAUCCUCCCCUUGCAGUCUCCGACCUGUUCACGGACAUUCAGGAUGGCAGAAUGCUCAUGGCGCUCCUGGAGGAGCUGUCUGGCUGCAAACUACUUUACAGGUAUAGGUCUUCAUCUCAUCGCAUUUUCAGACUGAACAACAUCUCCAAAGCCCUAGCUUUCCUGGACGACAGACAUGUGAAGCUUCUUGGCAUCGACGCCUCCGGCAUCGCUGAUGGCCUCCCUUCUGUUGUUCUCAACCUCAUCUGGAACAUUAUCCUCCACUUCCAGGUGAAGGAGGCGACAGGAGGCCUGCAGAGACAUUUGUCCUCCUUAUCGCUGAGCGCCUACCCUUCCACCAGUGACCUCUCACCUCAAACCUGUGACAAUGGCAGCUACUCCUGCAACACUCUGCCUAGGAAAGGGAAAAAAGCUGAAAGGGAGCCAAAGUACCACAGCCAAGCCAUCAAGACUCUCCUGCACUGGGUCCAAAGAUGCACGUCAAAGUACGGCGUGGAUGUGGAUGACUUCGGGGCCAGCUGGAGGAGUGGAAUGGCUUUCCUGGCUUUGAUUAAGUCCAUAAACCUGGACCUGGUCGACCUGAGGGAGAGCUUGUCCAAGGAACCAAAGGAAAAUCUCCGCCAGGCCUUCAUGCUGGCCCACCAGUGUUUGGAUGUACCCCUUCUGCUGGAGCCUGAGGACGUGGCGUGCGCCUCGCCGGACGAGCAGUCCAUCAUAACAUACGUGUCGAUGUUCCUGGGGGAUCGUUCGGUCACAGAUGAGGGUCACAUGGCACAGUUUGAUUUUCACAAGAUUCCCAGCUUUGCGUCUCGUGAACCAGUCGGCCUUGGACAGACCCUGGCUGACCACCCAGAAGCCUGAGCUCUGCUCAGAACCUUUGAGAAAAGCGAUGAGCAACGACUGUGGAGACAAUGGUCCAGAAAAUCUUCAGAGACGUCCAGAGCCCACAACUCCAACAUGAGUGGAAGCCCCGAAACUUCCUUUCCCUUUACUCAAAGAGCGUUAGAGCCACCAAGUCCGCUGGAAGCAGGCAUAGCCAACCAGGAUAUCCGAUCGUGGAUGGAUAAGAGUUUGGAUCGAGGCUACGGUAAGAGAAGCUACGUUUCCCAGAGCUCCGAAGAAGGAAUCUACAGCUUGUCGGCGUUGGACUCAGACGAAGAGGACGCUUACAGCUACAUCCUGGAUCUGAAUAAAGAUGUUUUCCGACCAAGUAAUCCAUCGAAAAGACAAGUACCAAAAGUAGAAGAGGAAACAGCCGAGGAGAUGGAGGAAGAGUCGAAACAUCUGGCAGCGCUAGGGAUGUUUAACGGAGGCGGACAUAAACAAGAAGGACAUCUCAGGGCAAACAGGAAGUUGGAUUUGGACAAGAUCAAAAGUAUCCUUAGAGAGACGACAAACAAGAGGGCUGUGUUUGACUUGGAGCCAGAGGCCCAGAGAGGAACAAACAGAGACGCUUACACUGAGAAAGAAAGCAGCAGAAGGAUGGAGAGUGAUGGCAAAGAGAAAGAUGGGUUUGACAAAGUUCAAGAUGGUGGAGUAAAAGCAACUAUUUUUGAAGUAGCAAGUUGGAAAUAUGCUGAGGAAGGAGGAGCAGAGCUCUCUGGAAAAUUGGGACUUGCGAGUGAGAGAACAGUGGAGGAAGAUUUGGGAAGAUUAAAGGAAGGGCAGGAUCUAAAGGAACCGAGUGAGUCAGAAGAAGCUCGUGUCGAGAAGAAAGACACAGGAAGUCAGAAACGUGGGAAAUUACAAAGUUUCAAUGAGAAAACUGCGGGAAAAAUGUCCUCAGAAGAUGCUGGUUUUAACAUCCUGAAUACAAAUGGGGCUACAAUCAGCAACACGGGCUGUGGAGCUGAAGUGAAAAUGAAGGAAGCUGGUCAUCUAAUGAAAUCAUCUGAUUACGGGUUCGUUCAAACAGAAGACUGGAGGAAACGGGAACCUACGAUCAGCAGGCUUGAGGAUCUGAAAGCAGAUCAGAGAACUACCCCCGAAAGCCUUCCUGAUGACGUCCAUGAGGGCGAUAACAGUCGGACUGUGGCCUGCAGGGAGUCUUCUCAGUCAUUAUGGAACAACGGAGAACUCAGUCUUCAGUCUAUAGCAGCCUGCUGUAACUCAACCCCAUUAGAGCUGGAAGUCCUGCUGCUCCUGUGGAUCUCGCUCUACUGCUACCUCAUCCUGCCUCAGAUGUACCUAUGAGUCAACUUGGCUGUACAACCUCGCAUCAAAAACACGCUUAAUUAGACCAGUGUCCUCUAAAGGGGCAAACAGAGACUCUACGUCUGGCCUGGCUUCUCUUCCGGUUCAUUAAAUUUCCCUCAGGGUCACAUUGGAGGAUUAGGUUUGCAGAUUAUUGCCAGCAGGUUUAACACGGUCAUAGCUGUGGUAAUCAUUUCUAAUAAUCUGCUUGAUUAUAUUGAUUUCUAGUGUUCUCAAAGUGAUUGUUGCUGCUUAAAUGACCAGAACACCGUUUACAUUAGGGGCGGAGGGGGAAUUUUCCUGGAAAAAAAUAAAUUCUUUCAGAUGUAGUUGACAUAACCCACCACAUGGUGGCAUCGCAGCAUUACAUGAGCUGUGCAUUAACCGGAGCUUUUGGUUGUCUGCUGAGAAUCCAACAUGACCUGCUGUUUAGUUCCAAUCCUGAGAUUAUAUUGAUAAUAUUUAACGAGGCUAUUACUAAAAUAAACUGGUUUUGUCCGCGUAACUUUACAGUCAUUUAAACCUUUAAUCAACCACAUUAUCUUCCUAUAGAGAUCCUAAUUUACAACAUGGGGCGCGGAGGCGGGAAUGUAUCGGCUCCCAUGUUGUAAAAAGCUGUGCAGUAAAUUUAUUUUUAAUGCAGUUGCAAAUGGAAAAAAACGGUGGGAAGUAAUUGUUUUUGAUGAAACUAUUGUUGGGACACUUAUCUGUACCUCUAAUAAUAAAUAAGGAGGAGAACGGUU